GUACCGUAUAUACUUUUUGAAUCAGUUGGCAUGGUAUUGAUGUCAGUACAGGGAGGAUCACGUGAUAGGUCACAUGACUUGAUAUCAACUGCCGUUCCUCGUGUGAACGGGUGGGAAUGUCCCUGGCACCCACUUCAAGUAUUAUCCUGGGGUGUUGUCCUAUUCUUGAGUCUAAUGCAUUAUGGGUUCAUUGUGUUCUAUUUCCCCUCAUACUGGAGGAUAAUGGGCUACACUGUCCCUGGUAUAUUAUUCAUAAUCCACAUAUUAUCAACUAUACUGACCACUACUAUAGACCCAGCUGAAGCUAGUGUCCGUGAUAAACUAAGAGACUCCAAUGGGUCAGUGGCUAGAGGUGUCUUUGAUAGGAGACGUCAUGAACAUGUAAUAGAAGACCUUCAUUGUCAUAUCUGUGAUGUGAACGUUGUCUGUGAAUUUAUAAUAAGGAAAUUAAAGUCAUGAUAGACAUUCACUGAUAGAUACUUGUACUGUACCUCAUUCUCAUAUUGUGGAAUUAAAGUCAGCAAUCAUUGAUAGGAA